AUGGGGAUUCGCCAGCUGAGUAAAGUUGUUGGAGAUCAUGCUCCUAAGGCCUUAAAAAAUUGCGAAAUUAAGUCAUAUUUUGGUCGAAAAGUCGCUAUUGAUGCAUCCAUGUCUCUGUACCAAUUCCUUGUUGCUGUUCGCAGUGAAGGAAACAAUUUGACUAACGAGUCUGGAGAGCCCACUAGCCACCUCAUGGGAAUAUUUUACCGGACUAUCCGUAUGCUUGAAAAUGGCCUCAAGCCUGUUUAUGUGUUCGAAGGCAAACCUCCAGAGCUGAAGUCUGGUGUAUUGGCCAAACGGUCUGAGAGACGAGAAGAAACUGCAAAGGAAUUAAGCAAAGCAGAGGAAGAUGGAGAUGCCGAGGCAGUCGAUAAAUUUUCAAGACGAUUGGUGAAAGUUACGCCACAGCAUAAUGAAGAUUGUAAAACGCUUCUUCGACUAAUGGGCAUCCCUGUUGUUGAGGCUCCCGGUGAGGCUGAGGCCCAAUGCGCAGUAUUAGCCAAAGCUGGCAAGGUGUAUGCGGUUGGCACGGAGGAUAUGGAUGCUUUGGCUUUUGGUGCCCCAGUUUUACUUCGCCACCUCACGUUCAGCGAAGCCCGUAAGAUGCCCAUUCAGGAGUUCAACCUCCGGUCCAUACUGAGCUCCUUGGACUUCACGAUGGAGCAGUUCGUCGACCUCUGUAUCAUGCUUGGCUGUGACUACUGCGAUACCAUCAAAGGCAUCGGACCGAAGAAGUCGGUUGAGCUCAUUCAGCGUUACAAGUCGAUUGAAGCAACUCUCGAGCACAUAGAUAAGAAGAAGUACCAACCCCCCGAGGGAUGGAUUUACAAAGACGCCGCCCGCCUUUUUAUGCAGCCGGAUACCCUUGAUCCUGAUACCAUCGAUCUAAAAUGGACGGGGCCGGACGAAGAGGGCAUAGUUGAGUUUAUGUGCAUCAAAAAUGGCUUCAAUGAGGAAAGAAUCAGAAGUGCGGUUAAAAAAAUGCAGAAGUCACGAGCUGGUGCGACACAGGGUCGUAUCGACAACUUUUUCACAAUCACCCCCGCUCCAUCGGCUGGUCAGGUAAUACUUUCGGAUUGGAAUACAUGCAUUUCAUUUUGUUCAUUGGAUCAGAAAUUGAUAAUUUAG